GACAAGAAGAGUCUUUGAGCUUGAUAGUUGAUGCACAUUUGCUCGAUCAACCUUUCAUGUUUCCUUCGGACCUUGGGAAGGCGCUGCUGUGAUCUUUUGGACAUAUAGCCGCACUACUUCAAACUUUCCUGCCUCCUUUUCUGUUUGAGUUUGAGGAUCUUCUAAGAAGCUUACCACAGCAAUACCAUAUCUUUACAUCUAUUCCGCAUUGACCCUUGACCUGAGUCACCCUACCCCGCGCUCGUCCGAAUCCCAAUCAACUGUCAAUUAGUUGACACCACACACUCGCAAUCAUGGCCGGUGGUCCUCCAGGAACAAGUUCGCGCGGCCGUGGCGGCAAGUUCAAAAAGCCCACCCGAGGAGGCGGCAAGCAUUUCUCGCGCAAUCUCCGGCCCCUUGAUGAAGAUGGCAACGAGGUUAGCAUGUGGAGCGAGGACGCUCAGAAGAAGCUCAGCGAUGACGAAGAAGAGGAAGAUUCUGAGGAGGAGUCGGAAGAGGAAUCCGACGAUGCCGGUCCUUCGACGCAGACGCAAUCAGUUGCUGACCUGAGCCGCGAGGAGCGCAGGAAGGAGAAGAAGGCGCGCAAGGAGGCCGCGCUCGCCAAGGCUAGAAAGCAGGUUGAGGUCGGCGACCUGCCAUCGAGCGACUCGGAGGAGGAGGGUGAGCACGACAUGCCGGCCAACCCGAAUCAUUCCGCCAAGGCUCGCAAACAGACCAAGGUGUCACGUGUCGAGGAAGCCGCCGAGGGGGUCGAGAAACUGAGCGUCGCGCCGAGCAGACGUGAACGCGAGGCGAUGGAAGCGCAGGCGGCGAAGGAACGUUACCGUAAGCUGCACGAGGCUGGCAAGACGGAUGAGGCCAGGGCAGACCUGGCUCGUCUGGCAGUCAUCCGACAGAAGCGUGAAGAAGAGGCAGCCCGGAAGAAGGCCGAGAGGGAGGAGAAGGAAGCCCAAGACAAGGCCAAGCGCGCCGAGAUCGAGGCUAGGGAAGCCAAGAGGCGAGAGGCGGCUCUGGGGCCCCAGAAGAAGGGGAAGAAGAAGUGAGGGUUUAAGUGUCUUAGGAUACUUCGACCAGCAUCGUAGCCAACA